UUUACACACAGAGAAAGCUCGUAACACUUCAUUCAGCAACUUCUGAGUGAUGCUGCAGCAUUGUGCUCUAACCGGGACUGUUAGUGUUCGUUAAAGAAAGCCGAGCUGAAAUACCCACUGCAGAAAACAGCACAUUAAAAGAAAAUAUUAAUAAUAAGGUUUAAUCACUGAAUGCACUACUGGCGUGCAUCUAAAUUGUGUAUCUGCUAACGUUAUAAAGAAAACUUUGUGCACACCAAAAAAAGACAACAAGAACAUAUUUUUAAUAAGUUGGACUAAAAAUGAAAAUUCUCACUUGAAGCUCCGAUAUUAACUCAUACAGCCUUGGAACACUGGGCAUUUUGUACUUGGAAUUGCAUUGCAGCUUGCACGGGCUAACAGAAUUAAGAGGAAUUACUGUAUUCUGUUUCUUAACGUGCAUUUCCUUCAGCACAAUUUGAACAUUGGACUUCUUAACAAAUGGAUCGUUGUCAGUAGUUGGAUUUCAGAGUAUGUUUUUCUUUAUUUUUCUUGAGAGUGGAACACCAUAAAUAUUCUACUUCAGUCUAGCAUGGAACAACAUCUUUAGUGCACUGAUGUCAUUAAGUGUUGGGAAUUGCAAAUAAAUUCGCACAUUUAGCCCAGCAGAAUUCGAGUUCUUCAGACUUUGGCAGCCUUAAGGAGAAGGCACUCAUCCAUGUGUGAAUAUGAACUUGGUAUCCAAAACAUUCCUAAAUGUGGCUUUCUUAGCCUGCAUCAUCUUCCAGUCUGGAGCUCAGGAGAAGGACUACACAGUGCGAGAAGAGCUACCAGAAAAUGUCCUGAUCGGGAACCUGCGCAAGGACCUGGACUUGGCCUUGGACCCGAAUAUCAAGCUAUCUUCUCCGCUCCAGUUUAAGCUGGUGUACAAGACUGGGGACUUGGCCUUGGUGCGGGUGGAGGAAAACACAGGAGAGAUUUUCACCACCUCCAACCGCAUCGACCGGGAGAAGAUCUGCUCAGGGAUCCACAGUGAGAGCCGCUGCUUCUAUGAGGUGGAGGUGGCUGUGCUGCCUGACGAGGUCUUCAGGCUAGUUAAGAUUCGCUUCCUCAUCGAGGACAUCAAUGACAAUGCCCCACUCUUCCAGUCAACCGUUAUCAACAUCUCCAUCCCAGAAAACACAGCCAUCAACUCACGCUAUCCUGUCCCCUCUGCUCUGGACCUAGACGUGGGUAGUAAUGGAAUACAGCACUAUGAGCUUGUGAAGAGUGUAAGUGAAUUCGGACUGGACAUCAUUGAGACCCCAGAGGGAGACAAAUGGCCACAGCUGAUUGUCCAGCAGAACCUUGAUCGAGAGCAGAAAGACACAUUUGUCAUGAAGAUCAAGGUGGAAGAUGGGGGGUCACCACCAAAGUCAAGCACUGCCAUCCUCCAAGUGACCAUCGCAGAUGUCAAUGACAACCGCCCUGUGUUCAAGGAAAGUGAAAUUGAGUUGAGCAUCCCAGAAAAUGCCCCAGUUGGUACUUCAGUCACGCAACUUCAUGCUACGGAUGCUGAUCUGGGCUUGAACGCACAGAUCCACUUUUCCUUUAGCAACCAAAUUUCCAGUGCUGCCAAAAGGCUUUUCAAUAUUGACAGUACUUCUGGAUUGAUCACUAUUAAAGAACCACUAGACAGAGAGGCAUCUCCAGUUCAUAAAUUGACGGUAUUGGCUAGUGAUGGGAGCUCUACCCCUUCUAGAGCUAUAGUGACAGUCAACAUUACGGAUAUCAAUGACAAUGUCCCCUCCAUAGAUACAAGGUAUAUCAUCAACCCCAUCAAUGGGACAGUCCUUUUAUCAGAAAAAGCCCCUCUCAAUACCAAAAUCGCUCUAAUUACAGUGAUGGACAAGGAUGCUGACUUGAAUGGGAAAGUCACUUGCUACACCGACCAUGAUGUCCCCUUUCGAUUGAAACCUGUCUUUGACAAUCAAUUCUUGCUGGAGACUGCGGCUCCUCUGGAUUAUGAGACAACCAGGGAGUAUGCUAUUAAGAUAGUGGCAUCCGAUUCGGGAAAGCCUCCACUCAACACUUCAGCUAUGGUACUGAUAAAGAUCAAAGAUGAGAAUGACAAUGUCCCGACUUUUACCCAACCAGUUAUAGGACUGUCCAUUCCAGAAAAUAAUGCGCCUGGCACUCAGUUGACAAAAAUUAGCGCAACUGAUGCGGACAGCGGGCGUAAUGCAGAGAUCAGUUAUUCCCUGGGAUAUGACGCCCCUUCAGUUUUCAAUCUAGACCGCAGGUCAGGAAUCCUGUCAGUGGUGCGCAGAUUGGACAGGGAAAAGCAGGACAAGUACACCUUCACAGUUGUGGCUAAAGAUAAUGGCUCCCCUUCUCUGCAGAGCAACUCCACUGUGAUGGUGAUGGUCCAGGAUCAAAAUGACAACAGUCCGGCUUUCACUCACAAUGAAUACAACUUCUAUGUGCCUGAAAACUUACCUUUGUAUGGUACAGUGGGCUUGAUCACAGUAACGGAUGUGGACUCUGGAGAUAAUGCAGUUAUCACCCUCUCCAUAUUGAAUGGCAAAGACAGCUUUGUCAUAGAUCCUAAAACUGGAGUUAUUAAACCCAACAUCACCUUUGACAGAGAACAGCAAAGCUCUUACAGCUUUGUGGUAAAGGCUGUAGAUGCAGGUCGGCCUCAGCGUUCCUCGCUUGCCAAAGUCACCAUCAAUGUUGUGGAUAUAAAUGACAACCGGCCUGUGUUUGUUAUCCCAUCCUCCAACCACUCUUAUGAUUUAGUCAAGUCAACCACCAGCCCAGGAUCCGUGGUGACAAGAGUGUUUGCUAUAGACAAUGACACUGGCAUGAAUGCAGAACUUCACUACAGCAUCAUUGGUGGUGGCGCUAGGGGGUUGUUUUCCAUUGAUAAAAUUACUGGCAACAUUACAUUGCAAGAAAAGAUUUUAGCUGCAGAUCAGGGCUUGCACAGGCUUGUAGUCAAAGUCAAGGACUUGGGGCAGCCUGAAUCGUUAUAUGCCAUUGCUCUAGUGCAUUUGUUUGUCAAUGAAACUGUGGCCAAUGUCACAUACAUUCAAGAGCUUGUGCAUAAAAGCAUGGAAACUCCUUUGGAUCGGAACGUAGGUGACAGCGUGGUGACCCCCCAGAACAAUGGGUACAUCAUAGUAGUCAUUGCAAUCAUUGCAGGGACCAUGACAGUGAUUCUUGUCAUAUUUGUCACAGCUCUGGUGCGCUGCCGGCAAACGCCAAGGCACAAAGUGGUGCAAAAGAGUAAACAGAGUGGCGAGUGGGUGUCCCCCAACCAGGAGAACCGGCAAACCAAGAAGAAAAAGAAGAAGAAGAAGAGGUCUCCCAAGAGCCUUCUCUUGAACUUUGUCACCAUAGAAGAAUCUAAGCCAGAUGACCCGGGCCAUGAGCGCAUUAAUGGAACCUUGGACCUCCCAGUGGAGUUGGAAGAGCAGACUAUGGGAAAGUACAACUGGGCCACCACACCCUCAACCUUCAAGCCGGACAGUCCAGAUUUGGCUAAGCAUUACAAGUCAGCCUCCCCUCAGCCCUCCUUCCAGAUCAAACCUGAGACCCCGGUCCCGCCCAAGAAACAUCAUGUCAUUCAGGAGCUUCCGCUGGAAAACACCUUUGUGGUGGGUUCUGACUCACUCUCCAAGUGUUCUUCAAGCAGCUCGGAUCCCUACAGUGUCUCAGAGUGCAGCUGCCAAGGAGGCUUCAAGACCACAGGGCCCAUUCACACACGCCAGGAGACGGCACUGAAACCACCACUCUAUGGCACACUCUAUGGCACAGGUACAGCACGCUCCCACAGGAUAAAAAUCAAUCUCUAGCUGGCAGUAUCUAGAGAGAGAGGAAGGCACUGACUGAAGAGCACAAAGUACACUAUAAAAAAGGUUCUGCAGCCUCAAGCAAGACCCUAGAUUUGUUUCCAGAAGUUUGUUUCAGAAACUAACUGAACUAAAUGUGCUGUCAUGCUUUCUACUUAAAACUUUGUUGAAGCUCUUAUAGUGAAUCUAGGGUAUUUAAGGUUGACUUGUCUGUCUCUUAUCCUAUGAAGUCUCUUUAUAUUUAUAUUGUUGAAAGGGAGUUUUCUUAGUGAUCUGGGGUUCCAAUUAUGACAGUUUUUGUUUUUUUUCUUGAGAACUUUUUUGGAAAUAUUCCAGGGCUAGUGUUAACGUAGAAUCUCCUGAAAGAACCAAACAAUUGGGAAAGUGAUAAUGUAUAUGUGUAUAUGUUUAUAUGUAUAUUUGAUCACAGCUUUAUUAGUACAUUUGUCUUAAUUAAAAAUGCCUUGGUUGAUGCAGUUGAUCCCUCACUCUAUGUUAUCCACCUUACCAUAAUCCUAUCACCAUUCCUCUUCAUGGUCCGUUACGGGUCAGAGCACAUUCACCAGAAAAAAAAAACAAAACAAACAAAAAAAAAAAACUAUAGGCUCGAUAGCUAUUACCAUUGGAAAUGUGAUUGUUCUUUCAUAAAGUACCCUCUCUAGCAUAACCUCCAAUUCCGAGGCAGCCCAGUGUGGCACGUUAAUUAAUAUGCAUGAUAUCAGUGAGGAGGCAGAACUAGAUCACAAAGCCUUACAGCCACGCCAUUAGCAUGCAUGCCAAAUGGAAUUGUCUGUUAGAAAUGCAGUAAACUUUGGUCCGUUCAGUCCAAGCAUUGGUCCAAAGAAAGGAGAAGCCCGGACCAGAUAUGGACCACUAGGUCUUGGGCUGUCAGGCGUUAAUGCUUAUCUCCAGCCUAGACAUCAUUUUUUUAAGAUUGUUUUAUUUUUUUGUCUUCUAUGAUUAAGAAGCUGUGAAUUUUGUACAGAAGAAUUAAUAUUUAUUUAUUUAUUUAUUUAUUUAUUUUUUAAAAUGAUCACGCCAUGAUAAAAAAAAAAAAAAAAAAAAAAAAAAAAAAACAUAAGUUACAGUCAAUUUGUUACCAAAAGAGACCAGUAACUCAAAAAAUGACCCUUCAGCUCAUGGUCAUGGUUUAUGUUUCAACCAGGACCUUAAAUUGAGAUAUGUGAGAUUUCCAAUACACAUACAGCAACACUUAACAAAGUAACGUUAUCUGAACGAUAUGCUAAUAAUACAAAUAACAAAGUGAUAGUCGUUUAGUAGUCCAAGAAACAUGAACAUUAGCCAUCAGUAGAGAUCUUUAUAGUACACAGUGAGGUUGCAUUGGUUGUCCUGGAUACCUACAUAGUCAAAGAUGUUCCUCUAUAAAACAAUUUCCAACUGGUAAAGCAUCAGGUGUGUGUGUGUGUGUGUGUG